AUGUCUUCACCAUCUCCAUCAGCAUCAAGUAUUUUAGUCUCACAAAUGCUGACAUAUUCAUGUCGAUUCGCUGGUCCCGUUUUACUUUUCAUUGGUACGAUUGGUUGUUCAUUGAAUUUAACUGUGUUCUGUCAAAAAACUCUUCGACGAAGCCCAUGCGCAAACUAUUUUAUUGCAUAUAAUACUGCUAAUAUACUAUAUAUCUAUUGUGGAUUAUUAUUCUUAACAAUAAGUUUAGGAUAUCAGAUUGACCGAACUACAUCGAGUUUAGUCCUCUGUCGGUUACAUCUUUAUACCGCACUUUUAUUUCAUAGUUUAAGUCAAUUUUAUUUAAUUCUGGCUUCUGUUGAUCGAGUAUUAAUCACUUCACAUCAUGCUCUCACAAGACGUAGAAGUACUCAUUAUCUUGCUCGUAUUUCUAUUGUUAUUGGAACGAUAUUCUUGAUCAUAUUUCAUAGUCAUGCUUUGAUUUUUCCUAAUAUUAUACAAAUCAUUCCUCAUGUUUUUAUUUGUAAUUUUGAACAGAGUUGGGAAGGUGCCUUUAUCAAUUAUUAUACUAUCUUUAAAGAGACUCUAUUACUUUUAUUAAUGAUUAUCUUUGGAUUAAAAUCAAUUCAUAAUAUUCGAAAUAUUCAGCAUGCUAGAGUUGCUCCUGAAGAAUCAACUAGAGCAACUAUUGUGGACAGAAAUAUUCAUUCUACUUCUUCAAAAGAUCGACAAUUAGUUUUAAUCUUAAUUGGUGAUAUUACAAUGUAUGCUUUAUUUAGUUUCAUCUUUGCCAUAUAUCUCAUCUAUAUGCAAAUUACAACAAAUACUGUUAAAACUUUUGAUCGUACACAAAUUGAGAAUAAUCUAAGAAAUGUUUGUUUAUUUCUUCUAAAUAUUCCAUGUUGUAUCAGUUUUUAUCUAAAUUUUAUUAUAUCAAAAUCAUUUCGUAGUGAAGUUAAAAAAAUAUUUAUACGAAACUAA